ACUUCACUGUUUUCCUCAACCCCAGCUACCGCUUUCAGUUUGCUCUUUACUUGCCUAAGCUCAUUGAGGCAAACAGCCGAAAUAGGAAAAUAAGAUUGAAGCCAUGAAGCGUUCUGUUUGUGUGGCUUCAAUUGCCAUUAUUCUCUGCUGUGUUCCUGUUGUUGUCACGUCUGCAAGGCAUGUAAGGCGGCUGCAAAUACAUCAUAGCCAGGCCCAUGAAUCUCAGCCAAGCACAGGAGAAGGGAUAGUUGCAAAACCCAAUUCAUACUGGGAAAGAACAAGGCCAAUGAUGAAAAGAAAGGGGUCAGACACAUUACAGAUUGCAGGAUCAAGCUUGCCUGACUGCUCACAUGCUUGUGGCUUGUGCACACCUUGCAGACUAGUUAUGGUGAGCUUUGUGUGCGCAUCGCUGGAAGAGGCUGAAACAUGUCCUAUGGCUUACAAGUGCAUGUGCAACAACAAGUCUUAUCCAGUUCCAUGAAAUUACUUCAACUCAUUUCAUUUUUUUUUAUCAAAGAUAUAGGCGGUCCAUCUUGUUCUUUAGCGGCCUUGUCCAAUUUUACCUUGUAAUGUGCGCUUUGGCAUCUUUUUUUGUAAUCAAUAGAGUGUAUAAAUUUAUUUUGAUUCUUUUAUAUCCACUUUGGGGUAAUUAAUUUGACUACUACUGCCACGACGAUUGCUCUAAUUUGGCAAGUUCA